CCAAAGCGGAACUAAGUUUCUUAUGUAUUUGUUGCUUCAGGGGCAAUUUAGAAAGGCGUACAGCUUUGAGGCAUCACCAGAAACCAAGAAGUGCAAACGUGAUUGAUCUGAAGCAUUUGACGUUGCUAUGCCUCGGCGCUGACAUUAGCUUGGCAUCUGGAAGACAAAGAUGAACGUGAAUCAAGGGACGGUGGGCAGCGAUCCGGUCAUUUUGGCCACGGCCGGUUAUGACCACACAGUCCGGUUUUGGCAGGCCCAUAGCGGGAUCUGCACCCGAACAGUCCAGCACCAGGACUCUCAAGUGAGUUCACUUGAAGUGACACCUGACAGGAGUAUGAUAGCCGCUGCAGGUUAUCAACAUAUCCGCAUGUAUGAUCUGAACUCAAACAACCCCAACCCUGUGAUCAACUAUGACGGUGUAAGCAAGAAUAUCACCUCAGUUGGAUUCCAUGAAGAUGGACGCUGGAUGUAUACAGGGGGAGAAGAUUGCAUGGCUCGCAUCUGGGAUCUGAGGUCAAGAAAUCUACAGUGUCAGAGGAUCUUCCAGGUCAAUGCGCCCAUCAAUUGUGUGUGCCUGCAUCCAAAUCAGGCAGAGCUAAUAGUCGGAGACCAGAGUGGAGUUAUUCAUAUUUGGGAUCUGAAGACUGACCACAAUGAGCAACUGAUUCCCGAGCCAGAGGUCUCGGUCAACGCGGUUCACAUCGAUCCGGAUGCCAGUUACAUGGCGGCAGUCAACAGCUCGGGUAAUUGUUACGUGUGGAACCUGGCUGGAGGUAUGGGAGACGAGGUGACGCAACUCAUUCCCAAAACUAAAAUCCCCGCACACAAACGCUAUUCUCUACGUUGCAAAUUUAGCCCUGAUUCUACUCUCUUGGCCACCUGCUCAGCGGAUCAGACCUGCAAGAUUUGGAGGACAUCAAACUUUUCCCUCAUGACAGAAUUGAGCAUCAAGAGCAACAAUCCAGGAGAGACAUCUAGAGGUUGGAUGUGGGACUGCGCCUUCUCUGGGGAUUCGCAGUACAUUGUCACAGCUUCCUCUGACAACUUGGCUCGUCUUUGGUGUGUGGAAACCGGAGAGAUCAAAAGGGAGUAUAGCGGCCACCAGAAGGCCGUAGUGUGUCUCGCCUUUAACGACAGUGUGCUGAGCUGAAGAGGACUCCAUUUUCAAAUAGCGUAGGCCUCUCUAGUGUUUUUUAUUAUUUUCUCUGUCAUUGGGAAAUUCAAAACUUUAAAGGCAACAAUUAAUCUGUUGUUCUGCAUAUAACAUUUCAUGGUACACCUCGAAGUUUCCGUUGUCUCUGUAGUCCUAUUUAUUAUUAUACUGUAUAACAUUAUAAGUUCAAGGUUUUUUUUUGUUUUGUUUUUUUAAAUAAUACAUAAUAUCUAUAAUAUAUUAGAGAUGUGACCAAGAAUUCGGCGCUGAAAACUUACGGCCAAAAACAGCUAAAGUUGCAUUUUCGGUUUUCAGUUAAAAGACCGAAAUUUUUCCACUGAAUAGUGUGAAGAACCGUAAUCCUCUUAUGUUGACGUAAUCAAAAUAUGCUGUCUCGGUAACACUACUGUCUCACAGCCAACAUGUCCGUGGUUUGGAAGUAUCAAAGAAAUAUAUAAGUUCUUAAAUGUAGAAAAAUAAAACAAGUGUGCUUUAUUGCCGCUUCCCGUUUUGGUCACAUUUUUUUUCUGUGACUUCCACACCCCCUCUAGCAUUUGACGUUUAAUCUGGCCAGGAGCGACUUCGCUCGGCUUCAUCACCGCUUGAACUCAGCCCACUCGCCUGCCUCUCAAUCGAUUCCACUUUUUGCACAAGAAAACACCGAGUCUUAUUUUAAGAAGUUGGAGAGAUUGUAAUAGCUCUGUAAAGAGCUCAACUAGUUUCAGCAAGAACGGAAUAGUUUUUGUUGUUGCUGUGACCUACAGUUCUACACAAACGUACAUACAGCGGUGGUAUGACUGUAGGGACAGUGUGGCUCAGUGGUAGAGUACUCAUACCCCAACCCAGAGGUUGUGGGUUUGGGUCUCUGCCCUCAACGACUCAUCUAAAAAUAUCUUUGAGCAAGAUACUGAACCCUGCGUUGCUUUUGGUGCUGCGUCACCAGUAGGUAGAUGAUGAUAUCGUGCCAAAGCGCUUUGAUUGCCAUAAAAGGUGGAAAGGCGCUAAACAAGUGUAACACCAUUUACCAUUGAGACCUCAUUUAGCUUAGCAAUUGCGUGAGACCCAUUUUUCCAAGUGUCCCAAACUUCCAAGAAAGCACAUUCAUCAAGGUUUCAUCGGCCGUGACGUGUGUCUUCAUCCACCAAACAGAAUGCUAUGACGAGGCCAGCACCUCUGAUAUAGGACGCGUUCAGAGUUUGCCACAAAACGCUCACUCCAGCCGGGAACGCACCCUCCCAUGGGGUUUCAGAAUUGGCACCUUUCAGACAAAAUUUCUCGAGCCUCCGGGGUUGUAUAACCAAUGCCAAGGCAAAGGGCAUUAGUCGGAAAACAAUGAAAUAAAAUAAAAAACUUUAAACUAAAAAAAAAAAAUGACAUGCAUGUGUAUUUUCCGGCCUAUCAGUUUUCGGUUUUGUUUCUAAUAUUCUGUUUUGGCCGAGACUUUUGCUUUCGGUACAUCCUAAAUAUAUACUGUAUGUAUAAUACACUGGCUAUGUUUACAUGCAUCAAUAUUUGGGUUAGGGUCAAUAUUCCGUUUAUUUCCUUUUAUUUGGGGGUGAGGAUUACACAGCCAGAUAUUCCAUUUAGAAAAGUGUUCAACCCAGAGGAUUUAAAAAAAUAUAUUUUUUUUUUUCCUAAACAAGAAAUAGGUGGAUAUUCGGGUCUUCAAUGUGUUUACAUGCCCUUGCAUAACCGUGUUACAAAAACUGCAUCGGAAAGCAUUUUCUGCAUGAAUACGUAGCCAUUUAUUCUACAUAUGGGGUGGUCUCGUGUUUAUUUAAUUCACUUUAUGUAAUAAGUUGAUGGAGUAUUUUGUUGUUGCGGUAAUAAAAAUAAUUUGAAAUCACAUCCCCAAAUUGUGGUCUUUAUUACUGUGUGAGUCAGAGAACACAAGUAAAUAGGCCAGAGCGCUAUUGUUGUAUUAAAUGUACUUUAUUGAACAACACUGUCAUUACACCGGUUGUUGGUACAAGUGCAGAGGGGAUGCCAGAAAGGGAGGUUUCAAUAAUCUCUUAAAAGAACUGACAGUUUUUGGCUUGUGCCACUAGUCUUGUGGGAUGAGCUAAAAGAAAAACUGUCAACCUUUAUAACAUGAUUUCUAAAGAGUGAAUUACUCUGGUAAGUAGUAAAAGCAAACUGACAUGCAGAUGUUAUUGGGAAAG